CGUUUUGUGUUUGCCAGAUACAGGACUGCGUACUCAUCAUACAGAACAGCGAAUUGGAGUUGGAGUUAAGCGAAAAGUACGUGAUUUUCCUCUAUUUUCUACUUGCAUCCCGGUGGUUCGUGCACGUGCGUCCGAUAGUUGGUGCGUUUCUUUCACCGUCUGCGGUUCCAUCGUCGGGCCAUUCAUUGAUUAAUUUGACAUAAUUUGGCUUCCGGAUGGUGCUGGUCCGAAACGCUCUCUUACCCUUGCUUGAAAUCGGGCUAUAGCGGCUUGUCGAUUGUUGCUACAUUUUGUGCACAAGCAAGAGCAGUUUCGUUGCAGAGAAGCAUCUAGAAACUGAAUUAAAGCUUAAUGAUUUGCUCCGUCUGGUUUUCGCGAGCUCGGCACUGCAUGUGCACGAGGCGAUAAUUAAUUAUAAGCCUGUCAAAAUUGGAAAUGAAAUAGAUUUUUGCUAACUCGCAAAUAGCAGCAGCAGCAGCAGCAGAAAGCGGAGCAGAUAGAGAGGACCAGAGAAAGAUAGAGCGUGAUAGAGACAGGGCGAGUGAGAACGUGUAAGCAAGCACGAAAGGGACAGCUAGAGAUAGAGAGGACGAAGAAAAUGAACCGGAGUCUGGAACAUCGCACGAAUCGUAAAACGUGCGGAACGAACACAAAGGAAGAGGAACCUGGUGUGCGUGUGUGUACGUGUGUGUUAGUGUGUUUGUGUGUGUGUGAGCUGUUGGAAGCACGGAGCAAAGUGGUGAGAAAAAAUUCAAGCCACCAGCUGUAGGCAAAAGAGGGAGAAAUAGCGAAGCAAGACAAAGAGGCAACGAAGUACGCGGCUUCCUCUCGACAGCAAUCGAAAAUUGGCAACAAAAAACCCCAAUAUCUGAAAUAGCUGCUACUACUUCUACGUCGACGGUAGGGCCUAAGAUCUGUCCGCGGCAUACAGCGUGCACGUCGCAUCUCGUCCAACCCGACCGAUCGGCUGACUGAGUGGGGAAGUUCUUCAACCCCAACAUCCCGGACGUCCAAUGUCAGAACCUCAGUCGUCCCUGCUGCUUAAGAAACAACUGGCGGAGCUGAGCAAAAAUCCUGUGGAAGGAUUUUCAGCCGGUCUGAUCGACGACAAUGACAUCUUCAGAUGGGAAGUACUCAUCAUUGGACCUCCAGAUACUCUAUACGAGGGCGGAUUCUUCAAGGCACACCUCCACUUCCCGAAGGAGUACCCGUUGAGACCGCCGCGCAUGAAGUUCGUCACAGAGAUCUGGCACCCGAACAUCGACCGCAAUGGUGACGUUUGCAUCAGCAUCCUGCACGAGCCGGGCGAUGACAAGUGGGGCUACGAGAAGGCAUCGGAGCGCUGGCUUCCGGUGCACACGGUCGAGACGAUUCUAAUAUCGGUCAUUUCGAUGCUGGCCGAUCCGAACGACGAGUCGCCGGCGAACGUAGACGCGGCGAAGGAGUGGCGAGAGGCGUAUCCGGAAUUUAAGCGAAAGGUAGCCCGGUGUGUUCGGAAGAGUCAGGAAGAUUGUUAGUAGCAUUUAUAAUACUUUUUUUUAAAUUGUCUUAUAUUUAUUAAUUAAUUAAUGUACGGAUUACACUUACCUAAAAUGAACGAAAGAAAGGCAUUGAAGGAUCAAGUAUCGCUAUCACGUCUA